CCGCCCGGUCCGCCCGCCCGGUCCGCCCGCCAGGUCCGCCCGCCCGCCGCUCCGCCCGGUCCGCCCGCCCGCCCGCGGCGGCUGAGAGGCGAGGCGUGGGAACGCCAUGGGAGAGACGGGUGCCGGACGAGGCGCGGGGCGCGCGCUGGGCGCCCUCCUCCCGCGCGCCGCCCGCCGCCUCCCCGACGGGCGCCCGCGCCCCACUGCCGCCGCCGCCAUGAAGCGGGCGCACCCCGAGUACAGCUCGUCGGACAGCGAGGAGCUGGACGAGGCCGUCGAGGUGGAGAAGGAGAGCGCGGACGAGAAUGGGAACCUGAGCUCAGCCGCGGGCUCCAUGUCUCCCUCCACCACCUCGCAGAUCCUGGCCAGGAAGAGGCGCCGAGGGAUCAUCGAGAAGCGCCGCCGAGAUCGCAUCAACAACAGCCUGUCUGAGCUGAGGAGGCUGGUGCCCAGCGCCUUUGAGAAGCAGGGAUCAGCCAAGCUGGAAAAAGCAGAGAUUCUGCAGAUGACUGUUGAUCACCUGAAAAUGCUGCACACAGCAGGAGGGAAAGGUUAUUUUGAUGCUCAUGCUCUGGCUAUGGACUAUCGGAGUCUAGGGUUUCGAGAGUGCCUGGCUGAAGUUGCUCGAUACCUUAGUAUUAUAGAGGGUCUGGAUGCCUCCGAUCCUCUGCGGGUUCGACUUGUGUCUCAUCUCAAUAACUACGCCUCUCAACGGGAAGCAGCGAGUAGUGCACACACAGGCAUCGGACACAUUCCUUGGGGCAGUGCCUUUGGACAUCACCCUCACAUAUCUCACCCGUUGCUGCUGGCUCAAAGUGGGCACGGUAAUACCAGUACUACAGCAUCUUCUGCAGAACCACAUCACCAGACCAGAAUUGCUGCCCCACAUGCUGAAACUUCCUCACUCAGAGUGCCCCCAAAUGGCAGCGUUGGACCAGUGCUCCCCGUGGUCACAUCUACUACCAAACUGUCUCCUCCUCUUCUCUCCUCCAUGGCAUCUCUGUCUGCAUUCCCUUUUUCAUUUGGCUCCUUUCAUCUGCUGUCCCCCAACGUGCUGAGCCCGUCUGCACCAACGCAGUCAGCAACCCUUGGCAAACCAUACAGACCCUGGGGGACUGAAAUUGGAGCCUUCUAAGAACUAACUCUUUAGUAAGGGUGGGGAAGCCUGCAAACCAAGCUGAGCUGGGUUGUGCCAUGCUUAAAGUUGAAGUUCUUAAUAACUGGGACGAAGGUACAGCCUCACCUUGACUAAGUUUGUCUAAAAACUGUUUCUUUGGAUUUUUCUUUUUGUUUUCUACAUUUUUGUAUUAGCAAUUUUUUUAAAUAGUUGCUGAAGUUGUCCAAAAAUAAAAUUAUAAUAGUGGUUGUUAACACUUGUGUUAGAUCUAUGCUGAGCAUUUAAAUCACUUUUGUAAACAGUUUGUUUCAAAUGUUUCAUUUUUCCUCAGUAUGUCAGAACACCUUUUUAUGAAGAGAUAUCACUUAUAAUUAUUAGCAACGGCCUAAUUUAGUUAUUAGAUUUUCCAAGACCACUCUUGUCAGCAUUAACAAGCUGUGUUUUUGUUAGUAUUUUGACAUUGAGAUAUUCUAUAAAGAAUUACUCUUUUCGUAAACUAUACUUGAGUCUUACUUACAUUUCUGAACAAAGCGUUGACAAAUCAGAUGGACCAACUUGACUGGCUUUAUCUAAGAGCCCAAUUUCUAUUUCUUCUGCAGUGGUUUGGUAUAUUUGGUGGUCUUAUUCCAGUCCGCAGUGGAGAUUUACAUCACAGAACCACUAUGCUAUUUCUUCCACCAAAAGGAGCAGGACGUGGGAAGGGUGUGAAAGCCCAAUCACACACUAUAUUGAUGGUGGCUUUAGUUGCUGAGGAAGUGAAAGGAAAAAAUUAAGUUUUCACCUGCAGUAGUCUUCCAACUGGAGCUGGUCAUAUGUGUACUCAUUUCACAGGGCCAUAUUCUGCUUUGGGUUACAGUGGAGUAAUUAUUCUCUUACCCCAUAAGCUUGGGUAACUGUGAUCAGGCCCUUUCCCUCUGUGAGCUUCAAAUUUGCACCUGAAAUUAACGAUGCUGGAAUUUAAGUAGCAAAUAGAGCGGUCCAGUGGGAACCCAUUCAGUACAUAGCCCUGUUGCUUAACAGGUGUAUCCUAACCGGUUGAUUUUGUUGCAUUUGAGGUGCAAUUUGGUAGCACUCCUUAUUUUGUAAGGGCUCUGCUGCAUUCUUGUGUGUGUGGGAGUGGGUGCAUGUCCAUGUAUAUUUUUGUUUCAUUUCAUGAUAAUCUGAACAGGUUUAUCUAGUGAGUUCCACUGGACAGGGUUUGACUGCUCUUGGAUUUGUGUUGUGGCUAAAUAAAGGAGAAAGAACAAAGUAUUUUAAAUGACAUGCUUGUCUGAUAUAUAUCAGUGGAGAAUUCCAUGCCUCUGGCUGUCAUGGGAAAUGUUGAACAAUUGUUACUUAGUCCUGCUGUGGGGGUUUGUAUUUACUUUUUUCUCAAAUAUUAUGGCAUACUUGACUGCAUUAGCUGGGCACAUAAAGAAGUGCAGAGCCUCAGAGUAACAGCUGAGGGAAGGAAAAUGUAGGAUUCCUUUCACGUGUUACUUUUACUUGCCUGUCAGUGUAUGGGCAGACAGUGAAGACACCAGGGUCACUGCUAAGGAAGAGGUUGUAGUUGCACUGCACCUGAAUAUUCUUACCCAUUUGUAUUAAUAUUAAAAAGUUGUCAUCUUUA